GGGCCAGGCACGGGGUACGGUGGAGGAGGAGUCCGAGGAUCCGUCACCUCCCUUGGGCACGGCCUCGUGUCUCUCUCUCCCCGCCUCACACUUGCUGCCCUCCGUCACCACCGCGAGCGAUCACCUUCGUACGCCCUUCCACCGUGUCGCCACCACUCCCCACUCUCUCGUCCCCGUCACAGCGCGACCUACAGCAGCCCCUAGGGCUCCUCACAGCAGCAGCAGCAAGCCGCCAUCAUGAGGUCCCAGCAGCUGGUGCUGUUGUUGGCGGUGCUGCAUGGCUCGUGCGAUGCAGCUUGGGAUUCGCCAGGCAAACAUCGUGGCGGAGCUUGCGCCGAGCCCUCGGACAACAAACUACGGAUGCAGCUGAGGAAACUGGGGCCCAUGAUCGCCCCGGGGAUCGGAGGGAGCCGGGAGAGCAGCCUGCUGGUGGAUGGCACCGAGGAUGUACAAAGGCGUUCGUGCCCAUCUGGAGCAACCGGUGGUAAAGGCAAAGACAUCAAGGAUCGCAGUGUUUCUCCCUGGUCCUUCACGGUGAACCAAGAUUCCUUGCGUUACCCUCGCCGAAUAAAGGAGGCCUACUGUCUGUGCGACGGGUGUCUGCUGGGCCACGACGGACAGGAGGAGCGCAGCGUGAUGAGCGAGCCCUUCUUCACUUCCAUUCUGGUUCUGAGACGCACGAAGCGCUGCCACCACGGACGCUAUGUUUACAAGCCGGACCUAGAGACAAUUGCUCUCUUUUGCACGUGCAGUGCCCAGCAGAGAUCCUAGAUCCCGUGGAUUGCCAUUCUCCCCCACCGCAGGAGAGAAGGACCUGUGGGAUGCAUUAGCAGUGCUUUUCAAUGUACCUACAGGAAAUCCACUACGCACACAUUGUGGUAGGAAAAUAUAAUGCAUUGGUUAGCAAGCAUUUAGAUUUUUUAAUCAGCAAGAAAGAGUAAUAAUGGGUUUUGCAUCUUUAGAGUUUUGCUCGUUAAAACAGAUGUUAAUGCUGCUUUGGUCAUUCAAGGGACUGUUUGUUCUGUCAUGUAUGUCUUCUACGGAAGAAAAAAAGUUGCCUUAUAAAUGGAUAUUGAUUGGGUUCCGGUGUUUUAAAUCAGAAAAUAAACCUUUUUGUAAUAUUUUUUUAAAAUAGGCUGUUAAGUGGAAAAAAAAAUCUGUACAUUUCUUAAAUGAUUUAAACUUUAAUGUGCAGAUUAGUAACCAUCACAUGCAAUUCAUGUGCCAGUUGAAUAAAGUACUUUUUAACCCAACAGUCA